AUGAAAUAUCAGAAACGACUUAUAUUAUUUCUACAGUACGCUAGCAACGUGGAGACUAAACGAUCACCCUGCUCACUCCAACAUGCCAUCCGGUUACUAUCGACAACGGUAGAACCCGGCCAGCAAAAGAAGGACGGUCUGAAGAAGGAUAAAAGGCAAAACGAUGGAUCGACAGUGGAGGAAGAAGGUGCAAUGACGAGGAGAAUGAAAGAAAUGUCUGAAGAAGCAAUGCUAGGGGGCAAAUCCGCGCAGAAGAACAUGCGAGAGGCCGACUUUUCAGAUGAGUUGAAACAACAGAUUGAGGACAGAAUAGCCGCUGCUUCGUUCAAGAGUGAGCAUGCUCAGGCUUUUGCAAUCGCGAAUACUCCGCGGGCCGCAGGAAGAGGCACGCAGGACGUUGCUGCAGCAGCUCCUUGGACUGGCACUGAAAAUCCCCGUGACUCAGUUCUUCGGAUGCUUAAUGAUUCAAAGAAGCCUCUCCGAGUACCAUUCAAACCCCCAACCCUUUCUCCAGUGAAUCUCCAACCCGGCUCCAAAGUCGCUCGGUCCUCUGGGAGCCGACUCGCACAAGCCCGAGAACGUAAACAAACCUACGAGUUGAGCCAAGAUACCCGUCUUUCCGAAGAAGAACGAGAGGCCUACCGUCGAGAGCUUCAAGAUCGAUUUACCCCUGGCGCUCGAGCCUUCCCAAUGUCCCUGCAGGGGCUUAGCUCACUAGCAAACGAACGAAUUGAAGAUGCCAUAGCAAAAGGGCAGUUCCGAAAUAUUCCUAGAGGAAAAGGCAAGAAUGUUGAGCGGGAUCACAUAGCGGGGAGUCCGUAUUUGGAUACGACGGAAUAUUUCAUGAAUCGCAUCAUGCAGAAGCAGGAAAUAACGCCAGAAUGGAUUCAAAAGCAACAGGAGUUAACGGCGGAAAUCCAUCGCUUUCGUACCCAGCUACGAAGCGAUUGGAAAAGGCAUGCAGCGCGGUUGAUUUCCAGCCGAGGCGGAACACUACAAGAGCAAAUGAGGCGAGCUCGAGCAUACGCCCAAGCAGAAGCAAGACAACACUAUGAAUCACAGAAUUCCAUUCAGAUGGCGGAGAAGAACGUUACUGGAGUCGAACCCAUGACGCAAAUUGACCAUGAAGGACGGUUAUCCCGAAUUUCACCAUCCCAACCCUCACCAGCACAGACUGAAACCACUUCGAACCCCUCUGCAACUGAACCUUCCGAGUGUACGGCCGAACCCCUCCCCGACCUUCCUUGCUUACGUGAUCCGCAAUAUCUCACCGCUGAAAGAGAAUACCACGAAUUGAAAUUAAAGAAGCUCAACGAGCUGGUCCGUUCCUAUAAUCUGCAAGCACCUAGGGUCGCCCAGAGACCCUACCUCAAACUUCAGCGUGAGCUGGACUCAUGUUAUGCAGAAGUUGCCCCGUGUCUAGCAGAGGAGGUAUACAGAAGAGCUACGCAGAGAUCACAUGAAACAAGCUAUACACCGACAAGAGGAGAGACGGGCCCGUUGCAACAGGUACUAGGCCUAGGCCAAGCGGCACGAGUCCACGAUGAAGAUGCAUCUAAGGGCUACGGUUUCAAACAGUUUUGGCGCGACCUCUGGAGAAAAGGAGCAACAGCAUGA